UGCUGUUUCGAUACUCCAACUUGUGUAUCGAUAUCAGUGAAGUAUCGAAUCCUCCGAUACCGAUACCACCGGUAUCGGAAGCAAAAUAUCGAUACCAGUAUUAUCGGACUUCGAGACGUCGCUAACGAUCAUCGAUCAUUCAAAAUGGAUAUGGAAAACAUUGAAGAUGAAUACAAGCAAGAUGAUUUCCACACAAUUUACAUCAAAGAAGAAACUUUUACAUCUGAUGAAGAGAGAAGCAGAGAACCAGAAGAUGAGACAAUAGAGGACAGCACAAACCAUCUGCAACUGAAUAGAGAAUGGACGAGUGCAGGAGAGGAGUUUAACACAGACCAAAUCGCUCUGGAUUUGUCCAUGCCUCAAGUAGAAGGAAAAGAAUCUAAUUCAGAAGAUCCAUCGGCAAAUAACCAAGAUUCAUUCUCAAGUGCCACCGAAAACACCGAUUUGAAACGUCAUGUAUGUGAAUUUUGCGGCAAAACGUUUUCAAGAAAAACUUUUUUGAAAGACCAUAUCAGGACCCACACUGGAGAAAAGCCCUAUAAAUGUGAAUUUUGUGGUAAACGCAUUUCUACUAAAAGUAAUUUCAAUACACAUUUGCGGAAACAUGGAGGUGAACCGGGAGAAAAGCCUUACAAGUGUGAAUAUUGUGGACGACAGUAUUCAUAUAAAUCUGGUUUGAGUGAUCACAUCUGUGAUGUCAAUAGUGAAAAGCGUCAAACACCGGUCCAGUGUGAAAUUUGUGGAAAACGCUACUCAAAUGAAACUUUUAUGAAACGUCAUAUGAUUAGACAUAUCGGGGAACAAACCUUUGAGUGUGAGUUUUGUGACAGACGAUUUUUACAUGAAAGUACUUGGAAAGAUCACAUCAAGACUCACACAGGAGACAAACCUUACCAGUGUAAGUUCUGUGACAACAGUUUCGCGAGGAAAAACACUUUGACGGUUCACAUUGGUACUCAUUCCUUAGUGAAACCGUUCGCCUGUGAUUUCUGUGAGAAAGCCUUCGCGCAGCGGAACAGUUUGAACGAACACAUUAGAAUACACACCGGCGAAAGACCGUUCAAAUGUGAUUUCUGUGACAGGUGUUUCAAGCAGAGAAACCAAAUGGUCACUCACAGAAGGCUACACACUGGCGAAAAACCUUACAAAUGUGAAUUCUGUGACAAAUAUUUCGCCCACAGAGCGGGGCUGAGUACACAUGUGAAGAAUCACACGGGGAACCGGCCUUAUCCCUGUGAAUUAUGUGACAAGAGGUUUCUGCAGAAGAGUCAUUUAGAUUCUCAUCAGAUUGUUCACACUGGAAAAAGGCCAUUCAAAUGUGAUUUCUGUGAUAAGUGUUUUCCUCGACUCGCCACUAUGCAUGUACAUAGAAAACUUCAUACUAAAGAAAAGGAAAUUCCUUAUAAUAUUUGCUAAUCCGAGUUAUUAUGUACGCAGUUACAUAAUUUACAAAAGUUUCUUCAUUCGUGUUUUUUCAAAAGUUUUUCAGAAGAAAUGAGUUUCCAAAAAUGUAUAUUAGCCUGAUCUUAUUUCCACCACUAUAAACCAAUUUCCAAAUGAAUAAAUAAAUAGAAGUAUAGAUUCAUCUUCUUUUACUAAUAAUCACAUUUCCAUAAAUCAUGAAUAAUUAUACAAG